AUGGCCAGAGUAAUGCUAAACAGUAAGAAACUCUCCAAACGAUUGUGGGCAGAAGCAAUAUUCACUGCUUGCUACACAAUCAAUCGAGUAUUUCUUAGGCCAGAAGAAAUUGAUAGGUUUAUUGCCGAAACCUCUCAGACAGAAUCUCCUGUAGUGAAAACAGGUGAUGUUGUGCCCUCUCAUACCGAAUCUGUUGCAACAAAAGCUGAAUCUGUUCCAACAUCAUCUGAUCGAUCAACAAAGGAAGGGAAAGAAAUCAUCACAGAUUCAAUACAGAGAGAACCUUCUGCCAGAAUUAAAAAGAAUCAUCCUUCAGAUCUCAUUCUUGUUUUCUCUCAUUCUCGUGCAACCAUGGUGAGAACCAGAGGAAGUGGCUCUAGGUCUGUCAAGGCAGUGGCUGGCUCGUUGACUGCAUCUCCAUCCCUCACCAAGAAAAAGGCUCUGAAGAAUUGUGAUCCCUCUGAUGAAGAUCCCCUUGAAGAAGAUCCUUCUCUUGAUGAAAAUGUUUCCUCAGAAGAAGAGUUUGACCCAUCAGAGGACCCUCCUGUUUCUCCAAAGGGCAAGAAAUCUGUGAAAAUUCCAGAGAUUCGCACCACGUCUCCUAUGGGUCCCAAAGUCUCUCCAGGUUCUUCAGGCUCUCUCUUUGAAAUUCUAGUGUUUGGGGUCAUUAAGAAUAUUGAGGAUCGGGGGUGGUUAGGUUCUUUAAUUGGGUUGGAUGGUUUUGUUCCUCGUGUUGUUCAAGAAUUCUAUGCUAAUCUCAAUGAUGAUCUGUUUGAUAGCAAGUCUUUUAUGUUUGGUCAAGUUUAUGUUCGGGGGCAUUGGUAUUUGUUUAGUGCUGCUGAAAUUGCCAAGGUUCUCCAUUUUCCCCCUACUGUUGACAAUGUUGCUGUGGAAUUCAACAAAGAUAUGGUGUUAUCUGAAUUGGUGGGACAGAAUAUGGUUUGGGAACCUCACUCGGUACUCAAAGUGACGGACCUUACUCAUUACUAUGCUGUGCUUCACAAAUUUGCCACCACCAACUGGAUUCCCACUACUCAUACCUCCACCAUUACUUUUGACACAUCUUUCUUUCUGUACAAAGUCGGGAGUGGUCUCCAAGUUGAUCUCGCCACUCUCAUUUUGGAUCACAUCACUGCCUUAGGAAAAGCCAAAAAGAAAGGCCAAUAUUUGGUGUUUCCUCAUUUGAUCUACAAGUUACUUGAUUCUCAAAAGUCUCUUCGAUUGGAAUAUGAAAUAUUGACUCCUACCACUACCGGUGCAGACUACAAACUCAAGAAGGAACCAUCACCCGUAAAGGCAACUAAAGGGAUUGCUCUUAAGGCUGGCGAUGCCGAUUCUGUUACUACUGAAAUCGUUGGUGUCAAGGCCACUCUGGAAUCUGUUCAAACAAAAGUGUUUAGUCUCAAGAGUUGUCUUUCGACCAUGAUGUCUCACUUUGCAGCGAGUCCUUCCAAAUGA